AUGGUGGGGAAGGGGAGGAGACGGCUUUUGGAUAGAGACUCCAUCAGUGUGUUGCCAUCAUCCUCUUCCAAGAAUGCCAGAGGGUCUUCAUCAUCAGGAGUGGCUGAGUGUCUCUUGGGGCUUCCUGUUCAUCCAGACAUGCAUGACCUCAGCUCCAAUCAUUCACCUGAUGAGCAACAUAUCCUAGCAAGAGCAGCAAACAAAGUUGGCAACAGUGAUGCAGGUCAAAUUGUGGGGCAAGAGGUUGAAUUGCAAGUCAACGUUCCAGAAAAGUUGACUGUUGAACUGCAUGAUGGUUGA